AUGAAUUUACAACAUUCAAAUAUUAGCAACGAAACAAUAACGAUGGAUGCCAAGGCAUAUGCAGCAAGAAACAGACAGGGCAGUGAUUGGUUUGGCCAUAAUCCGGAAUCUGCCGGAACGAUGGUUCCCCAUCAUCAACAACAGAACCACAAUAAUGUUGAACAAGAAAAUGUUGGUGAAGCUCCCUUGACCAGCAGAACUCAAAUGAUCAAGCCUGUCUGUAACUCUAAUCAAUGGUUUAGACACGAAGGUGGUGGAGAUAGUGUGACUGAUGCACCUAAAAGGGUUGAACCAGAACAAGAACAACCUCAAGCCUGCCAAAAGGCAACUACCUUGGUCCAAGAGCAAGUUGAGGUUGUGUCAGAAAAGAUGGAAAUGCCAUCACAGUCGACUUGUGGCUCUUUAUGCUUCGGAUCAUCAAAAGCAGAAGAACCCAAAGUUAGAUCUCACACAAGAGAGGCCGAGGCCAACUUCACUCGCGACAAAACAGGUUCUGAUUGGUUUUCGCACGACGAACAAGGAGGAGCCAGACCGACUUCGAGCAUGAGUGGGUCGAGGAUUGGUUCUCUGGAGGGAAGUCAGAAUGCCUCAAGAAUGAGGGGGGAGUCAGAGAACUGGUUCUCACAUGAUCCCAAUGCUCCUCCACAACCUCUACAUUCAUCCAAGCACAUCCCUACUUGCAAGAGGUGA